CCUAGUAUGGUUUGGCCCAUGUGUGUUCCCCAUCACAACACCUGUUCCUUUCUUUAUAAAAUUGCAACUUCAACAAAAACCCUAACUCCUAAACUUCUCUCUUCUUUUAACCUCUUCAGCAGUCACAGAAACUCCGUACCCGAAAAUGCCUUUCAAGAGGUUCGUUGAGAUUGGAAGGGUUGCUCAGAUCAACUAUGGCAAAGAGUAUGGGAGGCUCGUGGUCAUUGUCGAUGUCAUUGACCAAACUAGAGCUCUUGUUGAUGCUCCCGAUAUGGUGAGAUCCCAAGUGAACCUCAAGAGGCUCUCUCUCACUGACAUUAAGAUUGAUAUUAAGAGGGUCCCCAAGAAGAAGGACCUCAUUCAAGCCAUGGAGGCUGCUGAUGUCAAGAACAGGUGGGAGAAGAGUUCUUGGGGCAGAAAAUUGAUUGUGCAGAAGAGGAGGGCAGCCCUCAAUGAUUUUGAUAGGUUCAAGAUAAUGUUGGCAAAGAUUAAGAGGGCAUCUGUUGUUAGGCAAGAACUUGCUAAGCUGAAGAAAACCGCAUCUUAGGCAUGAUAUCAUGUGCAAUUUUCAAAUUUUGUUAUGAAUUUUCUUUCAGUUAGUACAUUUUGGUUAUUUCAUGACUUUUUAUGUAUCAUUGAGAGACAUCCUAGGAAUGUUUAUUUCGAGGUCUUCUGUGUUAGUGGAUUGAUGCCUGUUCUUCUCCCAAUUUCAUUGUUAGAAUAUCGGGUGUCCUUUUUUGGCUUUUGCUUGCAGACAUUUGAAUAUUGGUUUUUAUUAUCUUGUUAAAAUCUUAAGCUGCAUUAUGCAAAUGUGAGCAGGAACUGCUUUUUAAAUUUUCUCAUUA